CAAAACAUAAACGUGACGACACAGCGGCAACGCUAGCUUUUAACAUUGGAACUUUCGGCCAACUACUUCUUAAGUUUGGAACCUAUUAAACACUUACAUUUUAACAACAAGAAGGAGGAUAGAGGAUUCGAGGAUGGAAAGGUACAUAAUACUUGCGGAAGCUUAAUAAUUUCAACAUUAAUUUUAACGUGACAACUGUUGGCUUUGUGAGGCAAUGUUUCAAUCGAGGAGCGCCUUAAUUAAACAUCUGUCGUCCGCGGAACAUCGGAGGCUGACGGUAAUUUGUCCGUGGUGCAGCGAAAGGACCAGAUCAUUCACACAAAUCAGUGAUUUGGAGGUCCAUGUUAAGAAAACCCAUCCGGAGAAUGUUCUCCCUGAUGACCGAUUCAGUCGUUCAAAUGGCUUCUAUUUCGCCAUGUAUCCUCUGGAUUAUGCUAGAAUCGUAGACUCUGUGGCGCCAUAUAACUCAAAUGCAGCACACGAUGUCCGAAAAGCGGUAAGGAACUGGGCAAACGGAUUUCCAGACAGUAGUGAUAGAAUGGACAAAUGGUACGAGGGCUGGAAAGCAGGAGUGGCAAUAGCUAUGGGACAUUCUAAAGAGCGAACGAGUUUGAAUAGCGAGACUUGCGAUGUGGGUAUACGAAAUGAAGGAGUUGAAAGAAGUUUUAAGAAAAGAAUGCUGACGGCAGAGGAACACGAGAGGAACUUACUAAAGAGAAGAAAGAGAGAGGAGGACAUUGAGCCGAGAGGGAGAGAUAAAGAGAAUGAAGAAAGAGAAAGAGAUGUUCAAAUGAUGGAACAUUACAUUGAGAGGGACGUAAGCACUAGACGGAUGGAAGAUGUUAGAGAUGGAAAAGCAAUGCAGAGAAUGAUACUUCGCCCUAGUGUUGAAGGGAUGAUAGAUUCGCUGGCUUCAUUCGAGGACAAUAAAAUAUUAGGGGAGGAGGAAACGCCACAUGUGGCACCCCAACAAACGUCCGAGAGAAGCAUCGGUGCGACGUCGUCAACUUCAGAGAAUUAUGAUUCGCCAGGUUUGCGAAACAGGGCAUUCAAGAUCCUCAAAAGGGGAUCGAUGCCCAUGUGUCCCCCGCCAGAAGGGAUUGGUCGCGGGUGAGUGAGAUAAAUUUUUUGCAUGGGGACCAAGAGCUUUGUUGGCCACCAUUGGGUUGGAAAACAUUCACUCCCGACAAAAAGCUGCUGGCCCGGGAGUAUGCGGCCAUGUUCUUAGAAAACCGGAGAAAAAAACGGACCCUGACCUCCACAAGAAGACAACUUUUGGAUAAGUACAUGUUUUUGAAGUUAGAUGGGGAGGGUAGACCUCAAGACGAGGAGGGCGAGCAUGAAAAAAUAGAAGGAAAGAUAAGACAGUACAAUCUGUCCUAUAUACAAUCUGUUGCCAAGGGGGAGAUAAAGCUGACCACAACUUCAUUAGCAAUUGUGAAAGCCAUUGAGAGCACUGAACGGUUGACAGACACUGAUGAGUUAACAAUGCAAUUAGAACAGUCCGGAAUAUUUAUAUUUAUCUCAGAAAGAUGCAGUGUUCAAAGUAAUGUGUAUUGUCAAAUUGUUUAAUUGUUUAAUCCAUGUUCUUGUUCAUGUGGUGUUGUUUAAAGAUUUCGUACAAUUUUUUUAGCAUACUAUGCCAAUACAUGUUUAUGGUUGUUAUUAUAACAUACCUAAAGUUUA